AAUUUAACGCCCUCCAUGCAGAAUUCGGGCCUUACUUCGUGGGCAGCGGGUGUCCUGCUCGAUAUACCAAAGGACAUCUGCGCCAUCUGUCGCAAUCAUUUGAAGCAGCUGUGCAUCGACUGUGAGGCAGAGCAGGGCAGCCACUUGAAGAAGCUCGAAGAGAUGUGCCCCGAGGUGACCGGUAAAUGUAAUCAUGUCUUCCACUGGCAUUGCAUCUCGCCCUGGCUCAAGACCAAAAAUGCCUGUCCCCUCGACUAUCGCACCUGGGAAUUCAAGUUCACCGGCAAGGAGAAUCAAAAAUUUUAGAUCUUUCCAUUUUUUCUUAAGCGUUCUUCGCUACAAGAGGCAUCACAAUGAACUCACUCUACUAAGAAUUCAUUCAAUAUAUGUGCUUCU